CAGUGAGCCGAAAUCGCGCCACUGCACUCCAGCCUGGGUGACAGAGCAAGAUUCCACGGGCUUGGUGGAGGGGCAGGAUUCCGGGCAGGAGCCUUGCCUCUCAGGUGGCGGGCUCUGCGACCCUGCGAGAUGGACGGGACGGAAGGCAGUGUCGGGCAGCCCGGCCCCACUGAGCGGUCCCACCGAAGCAGCGUGUCCUCCGUGGGAGCCCGAGCAGCUGACGUGCUGGUAUACCUGGCGGAUGACACGGUGGUGCCCCUGGCUGUGGAGAACCUGCCUUCGCUCCGUGCCCAUGAGCUGCACUGCGCCAUCGGCGAGGUCCUGCAGCUUCCGGACAUCGCCCUGGAUGUCUUCGCGCUCUGGCUGGUUUCCCCUCUGCUGGAGGUGCAGCUGAAACCCAAGAACCAGCCCUACAAGCUGGAACGCCAGUGGCCGGAGCUGCUGCUGCGCUUCACCAGUGCCCCGGACGACGACGUGGCCAUGGAUGAGCCUUUCCUGCAGUUCCGAAGGAACGUGUUCUUCCCAAAGGAGCGGGAGCUCCAGAUCCCCGACGAGGAGGUCCUGCGGCUGCUCUAUGAGGAGGCCAAGGGCAACGUGCUGGCUGCACGGUACCUGUGCGACGUUGAGGACUGCGAGGCUCUGGGCGCCCUGGUGUGCCGCGUGCAGCUCGUACCCUACCAGCCCGACUGGCCGGCAGCCUGCGACCUGAGGGAGAAGCUGGACUCCUUCCUCCCUGCCCACCUCUGUAAGCGGGGCCAGGGUCUCUUUGCUGCCCUCCGGGGCCGUGGGGCCAGGGCCGGGCCGGGUGAGCAGGGCCUGCUGAACGCCUACCGCGAGGUGCAGGAGGUCAGCAGCGACGGCGGGUGUGAGGCCGCCCUGGGCACCCACUACCGCGCCUACCUCCUCAAGUGCCACAAGCUGCCCUUCUAUGGGUGUGCCUUCUUCCACGGUGAGGUUGACAAGCCAGCCCAAGGCUUUUUGCACCGGGGUGGGCGCAAAUCAGUUUCUGUGGCCAUCAGUCUGGAAGGCGUGCACGUCGUCGACAGCAGAGAGAAGCACGUCCUGCUGGGCCUGCGCUUCCAGGAGCUGUCGUGGGACCACACCUCCCCUGAGGAGGAAGAGCCCAUCCUGUGGCUGGAGUUCGACAGGAACAGCGGGGGCACACCUGUCAACAAGCUCCUCAAGAUCUACUCCAAGCAGGCUGAACUGAUGAGCAGCCUCAUUGAGUACUGCAUCGAACUGAGCCAGGCGGCGGAGCCCGCAGGCCCCCAGGACAGUGCAACUGGCUCGCCCUCAGACCCCAGCUCCUCGCCGGCUCCUGUUCAGCGCCCCAAGCUGCGGAGGCAGGGGAGUGUGGUGUCCAGCCGGAUCCAGCAUCUCUCCACCAUCGAAUACGUGGAGGACGGCAAGGGGAUCAGGCGAGUGAAAACGAAGAGCACCACGUCCUUCUUCAGCCGGCAGCUGUCCUUGGGCCAGGGGAGCUACACCGUGGUGCAGCCCAGCGACAGCCUGGAGCAGGGCUGAGGACGCUGCACCCCGCAGGAGGAGGGCAACUGGGGGCCCUGGCCCGGCAUUGUCCUCCUGAGGAGCAGGGGCUGGCUAACAGUCUCAUGGGUCACCACAUGGGGAGGGCUGCCUCAGCAGAUUUCUCAGACCACGGAGAAGUGACUUUUGGGCCCGGGGCCAUGCCCGGGCUGUGCAAAGCUGGCCAGGGCCUCCCACAGGGCCCCUCUGCAGCCUGCCCUCCCUUCCCCCCCUUCCCCCGGAUGCUGGGCCCUGCUGCUAUCUCAGGACCAUCCG